AUGAAUGAAAAAACUAAUAUAAAAGCUAGAAUUGUGUUAAAUAAGCUCCCUAAUGUAAUUAGUCCUGCCAAGACGUAUCCAAUGAAGGAGGUGGAAAAAUAUUGUAGUCCAAAUAAGGCUAAGAAACAAAAAAGACGAAGCAUUCCCUCGUCGUCAGAAAUUUGUGCCAAAAAGGUUUUAAAGAAGGCCAAGCGACAACAGUCGGCACUAGGCAACAUUUUUAUGAGCCCUGGUGAUGAGGAGGACUUCCAGGAAACGAGUAUUAAGUUUCCGAAAAGAAAGAGAAGAAGACCAACAAAAACUGAAUCUAAAAGUACAGCUAGAAAAAUUGUUUCGUCUAAAGUACAUGUGCAGAGUUUGCGGAGUUCGAGUAAUGAUGAAAUUGGAGAGAAUGUAUGUUGCCCAACAUGCCAUGCUGGAUUUACAUCAACGACUGAGAUGCAGACACAUGUGACAAAAUGCCUGAAGAAUAAAUUUUCAAAUGCCAAAGGAACUAGUAAAGCUUCUAGAAGCCUUACAUCAACAAAGAGGGAUAACACUGAGUCGAUUGAUGCUGAAAAACAGAAAAAUAGGGAAAGUUCAAAUAAAUCACCAGAUCUCAAGACCACCGUAGCAGAAUACAACUGUCAAAUCUGUGAGAAAGACUUGACCCAUAUGACGGAGAUAAGACGUGCUCAACAUGUGAAUCAGUGUUUAGAUAAGAGUAUGUCAUCUUGUGAUGGUACCAGCAUCUCCUCUAACACUAUAGCAGUUAAAACUGUGAAAAGUAAAGAUGAACAAAGCCAUGUAAUUGUUGCCAAAGAAUCUACCGUUCCGGAACCUGCUCCUCAAGUCAUUCUACUUGAUGAACCAAUUGCAGUUCACCCAAAGGAAAAAGUCUGUUGUGUUAUCUGUCAGAAAGAUUUAUCCCACAUGGUUUUAAAAUGCAGAGACCAGCAUAUGAAUAAAUGCAUUGAUUUAAGUGCCGGGCAGAGUUCUGCUAGUGAUAGUGUUGAUACCACUGCUACUAGGAACAGUGAAAGUAAAACUGAGAAUUCUAUGUCUGGUAUCUUAACCACUGCUGUGCAGUGCCCAGUGUGUUCAAAGGAUAUCCAGGGGCUCAAGGCACCUGAGGUACAUGUUAAAAAGUGUGCUCUGAAGAAUAAAGUAACAACUGUAAAACUACUUAAGAUGGUAAAAGAACAGAAAGAAACUCCAAUAACAGUGACAGUCAGACAGAAAACAGAGACAAUACAACAGAAAACUAAAAUACCAAAACAGAGACAACUGAAGCCACCUUCAAGUUUGCAAGAUGAGCAGUUAUCCCUUGCUAAAGCGAUGUCACUGUCACUCACCAAAGACGAUCAGAAAGGUGUCAAAAAAGGCAGAAAAAAAGAUAAUAAAGAAGCAACUAUACCGAGACUUGUUUUGGUAACUCCGGAAGAAGUUCAGAAAGCUGUAACUGAACGAUUGUCUGCCAUUAUAACUCAGAGUGAAUUUGAAAAUUAUGAAGACACGCCUCCUUUGAUGAAGAGUAAAUUCGCAAUGAACAGUGAUGCUACGCAGCUUUCUUGUCAGCUGUGGAAAUUGACAGGGCAGAAUGAUCCAAGCGACACCACUCCCCUGAAGUUCUAUGUAGCAGAUCUCAAACCUAUUAUUUCACCAGUUAAAAAGAAAAAAACACCAAAAAUAAAGACUCCAAAAAAGAUCAAAGACGGUAAUGAUGAAGAUAUGAGCACCCAAGAAUUAGGCAGGACUGUUCACAUAUUAGCUCAACUGGCAGAUGAAGGAUUGAUAGAUUCAUCAUCUUCUUCAAUGAGUGGUAUUUCUUCCAUCAGAGAACUCACUCUGCAGUCUUCUAUUCAGAAUGAAUACCAACAAAUGCUGAUUGGUGACUUGGCUAAAAUGAUCAACAAUCCUCAUUUUAGUGACGUUAUUAUUAACAUUGCUGAUGGUGAAUCUCUGUACUGCCAUUCAUUUAUGUUGGCCUCUAGGAGUGACAAGCUAGCAAAGGUUCUUAAUGCUACGGAGACAAGGAAUGAAGAUGGUAAAUUGGAAUUAAAUUGGACUAAAUGGACGCAGUUUUCUUUUGAUGCAGUGUUCGCUUUCCUCAAAUUUCUGUAUACUGCUGAGCUUGACAUCCCAGUCAACUUUUUGAAUGAUGUGUCUGAAAUAGCCGACAGAUUUAAAGUGACACAGCUACAGAGUGCAUGCAAGGAACUCAUACAUGGGAUACAGAAGGUUGCCAGCCCUCAACACAAUGACACCGAGGACUCUGAUUCUGCAGAUCAGAAAACAGACUCAGACUUUGUGGAAAAAGAUGUGGAUGAGUUACUCAACUCCCUAUGGGGGAAUGAAAACAGUUCUGAUAAUGAUUCUCAGUCGUCAAAUGAUGACAAUGAAACAGAGACCUAUGACAGAGAAUUAGAGGAUGUGUACAAGUACAUGUCCACACAGCGAGCUAGAAACCAGACCUCUAGCUGCCAAGAGUCAAAGUUGAAAAGUCACUCACCACAGAAUGAUAACCAAAUCAGCACAGCUGCCGAAAGUUCUUCAGAUGAGCCAGCUUUCAAUAGCGGCUCUCGUAGAAAUAAUCCUGAUGUAACCCUUACUGAAAUAGAACUUGACACUGAUAAUAAUUCUGACAAUAGUGUCAAAAUGAGUUCAGAAGUGAAAAAAAGGAAAUUGUCUCCAGAUAAAGCAUGCAAGUCACCUCGCACUAAAGUUGCAAAAGAUGUCCAAUCAGUCUUUUGUUCACCAGUUCGCGAGAAGAAAAGCUUUGAGUGCAGUAGUGUUUCAGCAAUAACACCUGACCUUUUCGGAGGAGAUGAUGACGACUCUACAGAAACAGAAACACCAGCAACAUCAUUAGGUGAGGCAGAAAGGAAUGCAUUAAUCUACACUCCUGAAGUAUGUAUUAAUGUCAAUAAGGGGGAUGAAAAGUCUUCUGCUACACAAUCAUUCGUGAAAUCAACACCAUUGCAUGUUGAUUGUGAAAAGAAAUUAAAUUUUGAUGAAAGUCAAUUUGAAAAGCGUGACUCUUCCGAUACUUUGCUGUCUCCUGGUAACAUGACAAAAGAAGACGAUGAAUUAAUAAUUUGUUGUGAAUCAGAUGAUGAUAAAGUAUUAGACAUGCCUUCUGAUUCACCAACCUUUGGAAUUGCAUCAACAAGUUGUACAUUGCCGCCACACCUUUUAAAAGUGGGCCAAUCACCCCGUUCAUCCCCCAGACCUGAUGCCAGUCAACUUACGCCAACUGGAGCUAUUCCAGCUCAUAUGAGUCCAGUAAUAUUACUUGAAGACUGUCUGACAAACCCACGAAUGCAUAAAUUCAUCAGAAGUGAACAUAAAACUAUAAAGCCCGUCUCACCAUUAGACAGGGAGAAGCAUAUGUAUGUUAUGAUAGAAGAUGAAGAUGAUGAAGAUGAUAAUGUAAAUGAUGAUGGAGAUGAGAAUGAUGAUGCUAAUAAUGAUAAUGAAGAGCAUCAUAAUGGUAAUUAUGAGGAUGAUGAUGAUCCUAUGAAGGAAGGGGUCAAUAACUUUGAUGAUGAUAAUGUUCUUUUGGUUCCUGGCGAACACAAAAAUGCUGAUUUUACUAUGGAAGAUGAGAAUAAUGGUAAUCAUGGCAAUAACAAUGAUGAUAAAAACAGUACCUCUACAGAGGAUGAUCUCUGUAAUAGUAGUCCAGAAAAGAAGGUGAACAGUUUAAAAAACAGUUUGCUUCAAGAGUCUUUAAACAAUACAAUGAUGGAUUUUGACGAUGAUGGUGGUUAUAACAUGGAUUUCUGUGCCGCAUUGGAUCAGACAGUGGCAGAGCAAAGUGAUUCUCCUCAUGCAAAGAUUAAUGCAGGCAGUAUCACAAAUAAUGACAACAUUGUGGAAGAUGCAGUCGACCUUCGGCAAUGUCUUGGUGAAAGCUUUAACGUUAAUGACCUUGACCUUAGCCUUAUGCUGCCAAAUAGCCCCGAGCAUGCCAUAUGUGAGGAGAGAAGUCCCAAACAACCAAACAUAACAUUAUCAGAAGUUGCUACUCCCUCUUCUGCUGUGCCAAGAUUGGAAUCUGCUUUUUCAGGAUCAUCUACGCCUAAUGCAUGUAUAGAGACGCCUGGUGGUCCAGUAACACCAAUGCCGAUGUAUUAUGACAUGAAUACACCUUUGUUGAAAGGAGAGUUGCAUAAGUUUGGUGUUAGACCACUGCCAAGAAAGAAAGCAGUGAUUUUACUGAAGAACAUCUAUGACUUCACUCAUCAAGGAAAGUUGUACCAAAAAGCAGUGCUGCCCACCAAUCCCAGUACGUCAGUAACAAAUGAAAAUAUUGUAAAAGCCAAAAUUGUUGACCAAAUAGAUGAACCAGUGGACGAAUCGGAUACAGAUAAAGAGCUGGAUAAUAUGAAUUCAUCUCAAAACAGCGAUUCUGAUGAUGGAGAUGACUUUGGUGAGAGUAUACUCGUAGGAGAUGAUGAGAGUGAUGAGGAUCUCACCGCAUCCCAACAGGCAUCUGAAGCAGACAAACCUGCACAAGUGAAGAAUUAUAUCAAAACUAGGAAGGAUUGGUACCUGAGAAUACUACAGUAUGAGAUUGUAACUACUACUAGACUGAACUAUCGUGUUGUGUGUUUUUAUCGGAAUGAGCAAGUUUAUAACCCUAAGGUAGGGACAGAUGGAGAACCAUACGAUCCGGGGUCAACCGCCGAGUGA